CUCUGCCCCCUGCCAGGCCCCGGCCCCGGCUCGACCUGCUGUUCGUGCGGCGCUUCCUGAGGAUCCAGGCCGUGCUGUUUCCCAAAUGGCCCUCCCCAAACGUGCUGAUGUUCCUGACGCUGCUCGGCGUGGCUGUGCUGGAGCAGCUGGUUAUCUAUCAGGUCGGUGUGAUCCCCAGCCAGUACUACGAGGUGCUGGGGAACAAGGACUUCUCUGGAUUCCAAGCGCUGACUGCCAUCGCGCUGACCAUGAUUGUAGUGAACUCCACGCUAAAAAGCUUCGACCAGUUUAUCUGCAACCUGCUGUAUGUGAGCUGGAGGAAGUCUCUCACUGAAUACCUGCACAACUGCUACUUCCAGGGCCAAGUUUACUACAGCCUGCACAUUCUGCACGAGGACAUCGAUAACCCGGACCAGCGGAUCAGCCAGGAUGUGGAAAGGUUCUGCAGGCAACUCAGCUCCAUGGCCAGCAAGCUCGUCAUCUCUCCCUUCACACUGGCAUACUACACAUACCAAUGCUUUCACAGCACAGGCUGGCUAGGCCCUGUGAGCAUCUUUGGGUAUUUCGUCAUUGGGACAAUCAUUAACAAGGUAUUGAUGAGCCCAAUUGUGUCUAAACUUGUGCAGCAGGAAAAGCUGGAGGGGGAUUUCAGGUUCAAGCACAUGCAGAUUCGUGUCAAUGCAGAGCCAGCUGCUUUCUAUAGGGCCGGGCGAGUGGAGCACAUGCGCACUGACCGCAGGCUGCAGAGCCUGUUGCAGACCCAGAGGGAGCUGAUAGGCAAGGAACUGUGGCUCUACAUUGGAAUCAACACCUUUGACUACCUGGGCAGCAUCCUGAGUUACGUGAUCAUUGCCAUUCCUAUCUUUUCUGGGGUCUAUGGUGACCUGAGUCCAACAGAACUCAGUGCCUUGGUCAGCAAGAAUGCCUUCGUUUCCAUCUAUCUCAUCAGCUGCUUCAGCCAGCUUAUAGAUCUCUCCAGCACUGUGACCGAUGUCGCUGGCUACACACACAGGAUUGGUGAACUGCAGGAGACCUUGCUGAGCCUUGGCAGAAGAGAAAAUGAAAGCUACUCAGAAGCCAAAGCCUGGGACUCAGACAGCAGUGAGUCUGGGGAGGACCCAGAGCCAAGGGACACAGCUUUCCUUCUGGAGCAAGUGACACUCUCAGUGCCAUCCUCUGGCAAGCUGCUCAUCAAGGACCUGAGCCUCAGGAUCUCGCAAGGAGACAGCAUGAUGAUCAUGGGGAACACUGGCACAGGGAAGACAUCUCUACUGAGGGUCCUUGGGGGACUUUGGGAGAGCACACAGGGGAAUGUCCAGAUGCUGACCUGCUUUGGCCCCCGUGGAGUGGUGUUCCUGCCACAGAGGCCAUUCUUCACUGAUGGCAGCUUGCGUGAGCAGGUGAUUUAUCCUCUGAAGGAGAUCUAUCCAGUUUCAGGAUCUGCAGAUGAUGAGAGAAUUGUGCAAUUCCUAGAGCUGGCAGGGCUGACUGAUUUGCUGGCAAGGGCUGGCGGACUGGACAAGCAGGUGGACUGGAACUGGUAUGAUGUGCUGUCCCCAGGGGAGAUGCAGAGGCUCUCGUUCGCACGGCUCUUCUAUCUUCAGCCAAGAUAUGCGGUGCUAGAUGAAGCCACUAGUGCUCUGACAGAAGAGGUGGAACAUGACCUAUACCGUGUGUGCCUUCAGCUGGGCAUGACUUUGAUCAGCGUGGGACACAGGGCCAGCCUGGAGAAGUUCCACAGCUGGAUUUUGAAACUUCACGGAGGGGGAAAAUGGGAACUCACUCGAUGUGAGAAGAUGAAGAGGCCUCCAUCCUGGGAAGAAUGACAAAAAACAUGUCCUAAUCUGGCUAGCUGCAGAAACUACACACACGUGGAAGAGCUGCAGAAUUCUCAGCAAGAGAUUUGGUUGGUGCAAGCCCAAUUAUGGAAUUUGCUGAUGGACAUAGGGCUAAGUCUAAACUUAUACCAGGAGCAGACAUGUCCAUCCAAUCCUUCUCUCAGCCUCCUUGUUCCUCUCUGCCACUGACAAGAGAAGGGGUUGGGCUGCUAGGUUGCCAAAAACAAACAAACAAAAAAAAAAAA